CGCGACGUGGGCCUGGGCAUCAAUCCGUUCGCCGACGGCAUGGGCGCCUUCAAGCUCAACCCCAGCUCGCACGAGCUGGCCUCCGCGGGCCAGACGGCCUUCACAUCGCAGGCUCCGGGCUACGCGGCUGCGGCGGCCCUGGGACAUCACCACCACCCGGGCCACGUAGGCUCCUAUUCCAGCGCAGCCUUCAACUCCACGCGGGACUUUCUGUUCCGCAACCGGGGCUUUGGCGACGCGGCGGCUGCAGCCAGCGCGCAACACAGUCUGUUCGCGGCUUCGGCCGGGGGCUUCGGGGGCCCACACGGCCACACGGACGCCGCGGGCCACCUCCUUUUCCCCGGCCUUCACGAGCAGGCGGCGGGCCAUGCGUCGCCCAACGUGGUCAACGGGCAGAUGAGGCUUGGCUUCUCCGGGGACAUGUACCCGCGGCCUGAGCAGUACGGCCAGGUGACCAGUCCGCGUUCAGAGCACUAUGCCGCGCCGCAGCUGCACGGCUACGGGCCCAUGAACGUGAACAUGGCCGCGCAUCACGGCGCCGGCGCUUUCUUCCGCUACAUGCGCCAGCCCAUCAAACAGGAGCUCAUCUGCAAGUGGAUCGAGCCCGAGCAGCUGGCCAACCCCAAAAAGUCGUGCAACAAAACUUUCAGCACCAUGCACGAGCUGGUCACGCACGUCACCGUGGAGCACGUCGGCGGGCCAGAGCAGAGCAACCACAUCUGCUUCUGGGAGGAGUGUCCGCGCGAGGGCAAGCCCUUCAAAGCCAAAUACAAACUGGUGAACCACAUUCGCGUACACACGGGCGAGAAGCCCUUCCCCUGCCCCUUCCCUGGCUGCGGCAAGGUCUUCGCUCGUUCUGAGAACUUAAAGAUCCACAAAAGGACGCACACAGGGGAGAAGCCCUUCAAGUGCGAGUUCGAAGGCUGCGACCGACGCUUUGCCAACAGCAGCGAUCGCAAGAAGCACAUGCACGUGCACACAAGCGACAAGCCCUAUCUUUGCAAGAUGUGCGACAAGUCCUACACGCACCCCAGCUCGUUGCGCAAACACAUGAAGGUCCACGAAUCCUCCUCGCAGGGCUCGCAACCUUCGCCGGCCGCCAGCUCGGGCUACGAGUCCUCCACGCCACCCACCAUCGUGUCGCCCUCCACAGACAACCCGACCACCAGCUCCCUGUCGCCCUCCUCCUCCGCGGUCCACCACACAGCCGGCCACAGCGCGCUCUCAUCCAAUUUUAACGAAUGGUACGUUUAAAAUCGGAAACAAAACACCGAACAAAACCCUAUUUAAGAGACUGAACACACACACGUAUACAACAUAUUACUGAAAGAACCCUGAGCAUCAAAACAGCCCUCACCCACACCCUCGCAAUCCUAUUUUUUCUAAACCUGCCAAUAGACCCAGGACCGAGUAAGAGAGAAAAGGCACCGAACCUUUAAAUUUCCCCCCUCUUUUUCUUUCCUUUUCUUUUUUUUUGGCAAAGGCUUGGUAGCCAAGGGGUGGGGGGGUGGGGGGCGUCGAGGAGAAGGCGGCCGCCUGACCAAAUGCCGCCAACCCUGAGGGCCAGUUUCUCCUCAGAAUCCGAACAGGCUCUCUGGGAUUCGGUUUUUCUUUCUUUCUUUCUUUCUUUCUUUUGCUUUGCAUUCUUGUACAUACAGAAUUAUUAGCUUAAAACUGUACUGUUGGAUUCUGUAUAUAGUUAUAUCUCGGUUGGAACGGGCGGGUGGGAUCGUGGCGUUGUGGUCUUUGCAUUGGGGGAGGGGGGGAGGGGCCCGGCGGGAGGGGGAGGGAGAGGGGAGGGGGGGUGGGUGGCCGAAAGCCAACUGUUUGUACUGAAUGGCAAGAAUGUUCUAGUAAAUGUGUACCAAAAUGUGAAUUACUUUGUACGAUUACAGUCUUCACGUCGACCUAACAGAAUAUUAUUGGUAUUAAUGUGCUUUUUUUGUAUAAAGUGCAAACAUUUCGUCCCAAAGUCUAAGUACUUUAGUGCAGUAAAAUGUUGUUUCACGUCCUGUCAAGAAUUCGUAUAGUACGAGCCUGGAUCUGCGUGUCAAACUGUUCCAUUUGUUUAUGUAAAGUGAUAUUAAAAAAAGAUAUAAACUAUAACUGUCCGUUACUUUUGGCAAAAGAUACAACCACAUAAUGUAUAUAAUUCCUAGUUUCCAUAUUUAUCCGCAUGUAAAGGGCCGGUUUAUUCAUGUUACAGCUAUUCAAUAUUUAUGGCUAGAAGAACUCGUAUGUACACUUUAGUUUCCAGAACUGUUUGGUAACCUUUCGUACCUUAUUAAAGAUUCUUAAAUCUCAGUGAUUGUGGUAGGAAUUUCUUCUUCACCCCCAGCAACCUGCUGCCUCUUCUGCCAGCCUUAGUGGGUCUCUGGAAAAGCUCACCAGUCUCCCUCGCCUUCCCUUUCUGUCAUCGCAGGUCGUAUAAACGUGAUAAAUGAACGCUACCCUGCUGGCUCUCCGAGAGGGUGUAAUUAGUAUUUAUAUCAAAAUUUAUGAAACAAAUUUUCGGUCGCAGUAUAAUUUAAAUGACCUUUGCAGACGUAGAAUAACAACCAUAAAAAUAACAGAAAUAGAUUGCACAGGCGACAUCAAUAUUAAUGUAGGCGAAUUGUCAGAAGCUCUGGGGCUCGCUCUGCAGCGUUGCAAAUGAACUUGCAGCCGAGGGUUCCGCUAUCCCCCAAAUUAAAUUCCCCGAGCUGAAACCGGGUUGCAGAUUUACAAUAUCAUAUUUUAAAUUGCUGUCUUCAAUUAAACCAUUUAUGGCCAUAACUAAUUUUCAGGAUGUCGAUGCAUGCUUUUCCAGGCCUUCCUUCUUUGUACAAAAGUAAACGUCCAUAAAGCGUUUUACUUAUAUUUUUUCAAACGUGAUGCUAAUUUAAAUUAAUUACUUCCUAUGAUAUGUUAUUAUUCCUAUAAUUUUGCCACUAUUAUUAGUUCUCUCGAAAAUACAUCUAGGGAAGAGAAUUAUUUUGAUUAUCUUUCUAUCUCUUUUAUUUAUUUCUCAUUUACUUAAGAAAUUCGUUCCAUUGGCUGGCGUUGAUACAGUAAAUUUGUAAAUGAGGAGACAAUAUAAAAAAUCUAAAUUACUUGUGCUUAAUGACUGUAGCAGAACGCCUUUUCUCUAAAUCAGAUUGUCUUUCUUGCAGUUUAGUUUGAUAGAUUUGCAAGCUAUGCUGCUCCCUCGAAGUUAGCUGCGCUGGUAGGAACGCGGGCUUCUUUGUCUCUGGUUGUAGCUUGCAUGAUCGCCCCAUUAAGCAGACAACGUAGCUGGAGAUCACAAAUCAGGGCCUGGGCUGUAGCUACAAGGGUGUGGAUGUGUCAGAGCAGGAGGCAGAAACUGACCUCAGUGUAGGCAAGGAGGAACCCAGACUUGCAUUUUAACAUACUAUGUGCAUUCAGGAUGUCACGGGCCAUAUUGAUCCUGAGAAGGAAGGCAAGAGGGAAAAACUCUCAAGAGGAUGAGAACCCCUUAAGAUACUCUCAUCUAUUUCAAAAUGUACCAUUGAGCAAUUGCAAAAUCAAAAUGCUCAAUUCUCUUAAAAUUUUUUUGACUUGUCCUUUCAUCACUUGCUAUUUGUAUAUGUCAAUUGUAGUCAACAAAGUUUUCUUAGAUGAGGGGAUUUGAUGCACUUUCUGCAGCACAUCAAAAACUGGGGAUGGUGGUGUUUAACUUUUUAAAAAAUGUUACUGUGAUUUAGAGGAGUAAAUAUCAACCUCUCAUGAAAAGAGCGCCACCUUGCAAGAUUUGGUGAGAUUUUAAGGAAGUUGAACACCUAAGCAGGAAUAGCUGCUGGUUCCAAAAAUUUGUGAGACCAAAAGCUGAUCCUAGUUGGUUUUGGAGGUCUAAAAUUGACUAAUGGCAUAGUAUUUGAAGUGACUCCAGACAUGAGGCCCCCAAAUUAAUAAACUGAAAGAGGAAUACAAAUAGCUCAUCUCUUUAGGAAAGAAAGAUAAACACCUCAGUUAAUAAUCCUUCCCCUUUCCUUUAGAGAUCAGAAUGUCUGAGACCCUGAUAGAAGUAUGAUAAUGACAUCAUCAUCAUCAUAACAACAGUACCUUUGUAACUUUGUUAGUGCAUUUAGGAAGGUAGUAAAUGUGGGCAUUUUUUCUUUGACCAUUCCUGAAAUAAGUUUACUUCUAAUUUGGAAGUAUAAAUGUUUUACUAUUUCUUAUGUACCUGAUGCCCUUUUAAACUUUAAUAUCACAGUAGAAUAAUUAAAUAUCAUACUAUGAUAUAUGAUUUAAAUAGGAUAUUUUAAAGAUAAAUUUUAUAGAUAUUUACUUCCAAACUGUUUCAUAUUUAAGAAAAUUUUGUAGACACUGGAGGCCAAAUACUUUUUUAGAAAAACAUUUGAGAGGUACUGUGUUUGUGUUUGUGACUAAUCUCACUCACAGGAAAGGAACUUUUAUAGUAGAAGUUAAUAUUUAUGUCAACCCCCUUUAUGUAUUCUCUUCUCCAACACUCACCAUAGAGAAAAAGUCAUUCAUGAUGUAGGUUUCCUAAAAUAAUGCUUCAAACUUAAAUGUAGUCUAUUAUUGUUCUGGUACCUUUAAUGUCUGCUUCUUGAGAUGAAUUCUUCAUACUUUUCUUCAUGGGCUAUUAGGUUUUGAAAUACAUGAAUGUGAACAGCAAAAUAUAUUGUUAGACCCUAUUUAGCAGCAGCUGAAGAUGCUGCAAAUGGCUGGUUUCUGUGUGUAGCUGUGGAUUUUGAUUUAGGCAGAAAGCCGUCCUGGUUCAUAUUUUGACUGCACUGUAUUUUGUUACUAUCAAAUGAUUAGAAUGGCUAACAAGGUAUUAAAAAGUUAUACUGUGUCAACAAAAAA